AUGGGAUACGUCGACACGAUGUUUGGCCACACUGAUACUGUGUGUUCCAUCGAUUGCCUCAGCAGGGAACGAGCCGUGACCUGUGGUUCUCGCGACAGAACGGUUCGAAUAUGGAAGAUUCCCGAAGAAUCACAACUAAUUUUUCGUGCUCACAGAAGCCUCAGCGUGUGGUCAGUUUUCAAAAAGAAACCUACCUGUGUGAAGUACGGAGCACAUGAAAAUACUAUGCCUAACAACGGUCCUACGGAGAACUGGAUUUCAUCCAUCUGUUCCUGUUCUUACACUGAUUUGAUCUUUUCCGGUUCUUGUGAUGAGAAGCUCAGGUUUUGGAAAUGUAGCACUGAUUUCAAGCACCUAGACGCGAUGGGCAGUUAUCACUUGCCCGGCUUUAUCAAUGAUUUGGCUUGCGACAAAGAAGGCAAGACGAUCAUAUGCGCCGUCGGACCAGAACACAAAAACGGGAGAUGGUGGAAGCUGUCUCUUCAUAGUUCUGUCGUUGUUAUUCCACUGGUGUAUACCUCAUCAUAA